CGUAUCGCACUUACGUCAGUCAUCCGCGCGAAUGUCCUGGUGACGGAGCCAGCCAGCUGUUUAAUGCCUUUGAUACGUCACAAUGCGACCAAAUAAAUUGGUUUUGCAACGUCGUUUCACCACAUUUGGCUUCAAACCCUUGGUACAAUUGCAGAAUGGAAACAGUCACAACAGAGCAGAGCAGUUCCUCACCUGAGUGGAUGGACUUUGAGACGGACCUAGACAUGGUCCUCUCUACUCUGAAAUCUAUGUUUGGCGAGCUUCCAUCUGCGCCUGCUCCUCAAGAAUCACCCCAUUUACCUGGGAAUGUCCUACCUGAGGUGGAACAAAGUGGUUUCACCGAUGGACUCAAUGGGACGGGGACGGUCACACACAACAUCAACCCCUUCCAAUGUGGAGCCACAACAGUGCCGCCAUAUGGAGGAGUCCUGGCAGAUCACAAUGUUGGGGCAGCACGCGCUGGUUUCAUGUCAGGAGCCAACAUGCAGCCCCUAUGUUGUCAAUGCCCACAUGGGAUGAGAUGGCUGCAGUUUCCCCCUCAGUUCCUGGUGCCACAGCCAGGUGGACCUGUGGCUGGUGCUCUUGUGAGCCCCAUGUAUCUGGACAACUCCUUCAUGCCGUAUGGUUUUGUGAACCAUCAACAAGGUGCUUGUUUCCCAUGCCAGAAGGAGCAAGUACCAGCCCUGGAAGGUGGCAGCGUGAGUUCCCCAGGUUCUUUCCACAAUGGCAAGCAGUGUGUCCGAACCAAGCCCUGCCCUGAGCCUUCACCUCAGGUCCUCACGUCCAAACGCAAACGUGGUGUGGAACCAAACGGAGCCUACAUCAGGAGACCACCCAAUGCCUUCAUGGUCUUCAUGAGGGAGAACAGGGAGAUCAUCACUCGUACCCUAAAACCCAAACACAGCGUGGAGACCAACACCAUCCUGGGAGAGAUGUGGAGGAAAAUGUCAACAGAUGAGCAGGACAUUUAUUACCAGAAGGCAACAGAGGAGCGAAGAAUCCACGCGGAGAAAUACCCGGAGUGGUCCAGCCAGGACAACUAUGGAAAGAAGGUCAAGAGGCAGAGAAAGAAAAAAAGCAUCAUCAUCUGAACACUGUGGCAGAGGACCUUCUUCAUCACUUCUGUAAAAUGAACUGGUCGAUGAACUCGUUCUGUUCUGACUCCACUUUGGACAAGGCUUCAUACUCGAUCUGAUAUCUGAUGAGAGAGAAAGAGAUUCAAUUAAAAAAAACCUGUAGUGUUGCAUUUGCACAAGCAACAAUACAAAUAAAGACUCAUUGAAUGAAUGCUGAUUAUGUAUGAAACCCACUUGGUAUUACUUUGUUACUUUGACUCUUCCACAGGAGACGAGUCACAGGUGAAAGCACCUUUUUCAUCUGAACUCCAUCAAUAAGGAUAACUGGCAUGAAGAACUCCACAUCUGUAUCACCUCAUCCAUCAUCACACUGAGGAGGCACCAGGGUUGGUAGUUAGUCAAGUGUGAAAAAUG